AUCAUCUGUCAGCUGAUGUAGGGUCACCAUCGUCAUCAUCGUCAUCGAUUUUCAGUUCAAUGUUAUGUAUGUAUCUCGAUCUGUAUUUUCUGGAUAUAUGUAUGUACGUUGUUGCUGCUGCUGCUGCUGCUGCACUCUGCAUUACUAUGUUAGGAAACUUUUCAUGAACCUACUUACUAGUUUAGUUCAAGCCCUACUACUUUACUUGAUGGUGGUUGGGGGUUACUAUCUAUUUCUCACUCGUGCAGCGAUCGACAGACUCCUCAUCAUUUUAUGUACAUACGUUAUAUCAUCUGUAUAUCUAUUUCUACUUUAUGUAUCCUAUCACUAGUACCAUAGGCAGAUAUAACUGGCAAAUGGUAAUAUAUGUAACUAUGUAUGUAAGUAUGCAUCACGGGUUGUUGCUGCUGAAACCAAACAACGCCAUCCCAACGCAAGGAUAGUCUAAGUAGUGGUACUUUCAUUACUAGUUAGUAG